GUGAGGGGCUGAGCUCCCUCCGUGCUGGGCCCUUCUCUCCACAGCUUGGCCCUGGAGCCCGGAGUCUCUGCUUGUCCCUUCACACCAUACAAACCUGGUCUCCCCCACUCUGCUUUAUGUGCUGGCAUUUAACUGGUCUCUUGUAGUUACCUGGGAUGGGGUGGGCCCAGCCCUGUGACAGCCUUUGUUACCCUCUUCGGUCUGGUCUUUCCCAUCCUUUGCAUUUUCAGCUGGUGAAGUAACAGAAGGGUUAAAAGGAGACAGCCUGACUCAGGAACCGGGUGCCUUGUGUGUUCCUGGGCUUCCUUCCUUUUGAGUCAGUGGAAAACAGACUUGAAAAAGUAGGAAAUAAAGUUUCUACCUGCUUGCCCCAUGGCAUAUAGGCACAAACUUCCUUAAUAAGUCCCUAAAAUGCCACUACGGUUCUGUCGCAGAAAUGCAACUACCUGUUCUUUCAGCGGGAGCAACAGGUGCUGACUCGGGGUCCCGCUGGAAGCGCUCGGAAUGCCCAUUUCUGCUGCCCCGGACUUCAGACCCGAGAUGCCCGGGGGCACCCUAUGCCCGUGAAGUGAACGCCCCGCCGACCUCGCCCCGGCGCCGCCGCCGCCGCCGCCGCCACCGCCUCACCCUCGGGAGGGCAGGACCAGCGCGGCCACCAUGAACGUGACCAGUUUAUUUUCCUUCACCAGCCCGGCCGUGAAGAGACUUCUGGGGUGGAAGCAGGGCGACGAAGAGGAGAAGUGGGCGGAGAAGGCCGUGGACGCACUGGUGAAGAAGCUGAAGAAGAAGAAGGGCGCCAUGGAGGAGCUGGAGAAGGCGCUGAGCUGCCCGGGGCAGCCCAGCAACUGCGUCACCAUCCCGCGCUCGCUGGACGGCCGGCUGCAGGUGUCGCACCGGAAGGGGCUGCCGCACGUCAUCUACUGCCGCGUGUGGCGCUGGCCUGACCUGCAGAGCCACCACGAACUGAAGCCCCUGGAGUGCUGCGAGUUCCCCUUCGGCUCCAAGCAGAAGGAGGUGUGCAUCAACCCCUACCACUACAAGCGGGUGGAGAGCCCGGUUCUUCCUCCAGUGCUGGUUCCAAGACACAGUGAAUAUAACCCUCAGCAUAGCCUCUUAGCUCAGUUCCGUAACCUAGGACAAAACGAGCCACACAUGCCACUCAACGCCACUUUUCCGGAUUCUUUCCAGCAACCCAACAGCCAUCCGUUUCCUCAUUCUCCCAACAGCAGUUACCCGAACUCUCCGGGGAGCAGCAGCAGCACCUACCCUCACUCUCCCACCAGCUCGGACCCAGGAAGCCCUUUCCAGAUGCCAGCCGAUACGCCCCCACCUGCUUACCUGCCCCCUGAAGACUCCAUGACCCAGGACGGCUCUCAGCCGAUGGACACAACCAUGAUGGCACCUUCGCUGCCCUCAGAAAUCAACAGAGGAGAUGUUCAGGCGGUUGCUUAUGAAGAACCAAAACACUGGUGCUCCAUUGUCUACUAUGAGCUCAACAAUCGUGUGGGCGAAGCCUUCCAUGCCUCCUCCACAAGUGUGCUGGUGGAUGGUUUCACUGAUCCUUCCAACAACAAGAACCGUUUCUGCCUUGGGCUGCUCUCCAACGUGAACCGGAAUUCCACUAUUGAAAACACAAGGCGGCAUAUCGGAAAAGGCGUGCACCUGUAUUACGUUGGAGGGGAGGUAUAUGCCGAGUGCCUCAGUGACAGCAGCAUCUUUGUACAAAGUCGAAACUGCAACUAUCAUCACGGAUUUCACCCCACGACAGUUUGCAAGAUCCCCAGUGGGUGUAGUUUGAAAAUUUUUAACAACCAGGAAUUCGCGCAGUUAUUGGCGCAGUCGGUGAACCACGGCUUCGAGACGGUCUACGAGCUCACAAAAAUGUGUACUAUACGAAUGAGCUUCGUGAAGGGCUGGGGAGCAGAAUACCACCGCCAGGAUGUCACUAGCACCCCCUGCUGGAUUGAGAUCCAUCUGCACGGCCCCCUGCAAUGGCUGGAUAAAGUUCUCACUCAGAUGGGUUCACCUCAUAACCCCAUUUCAUCUGUGUCUUAAACGGCCUCAGGCUUCUGCCUCUUGCAAACUAUUGAGCCUUGCACGUACUUGAAGGAUGGGUGAGUCAGAUGCGGUGAGAACUGACAAAGGAGCCUUGAGAAUACUUGACCUCUGUGACCAACUGUUGGACUCAGAAAUUUAAA